UUUACUGCUGUCCUUCCUUCAGCCUUUGAAAAUCAAUCCAUUAACAAUUAAGCUUUUCUCUUACGCAGUGGGAGAAGCCAAGCAGCCGGGGCUGGCUCUGCCCAGCCGCCGUCCGUCCUCCCUCCCUCCCUCUUCCCCAUCCCUCCCUUUUCCUUAAAAACGUGGGCUCCGGGGUGCAGCCCCCUGCGCUGGCAGCAUCCCUGCCUGCGAGGAGCAGCCCCUUACCACCGCGCCCCCCCCCCCCCCCCCCCCCCCCCCAUCCGAAGCGGAGCCUGCAACCCGGCUUUGGUGUCCCCCCCGCCCCAGCCCGGGGGUGUCUGGAUGCGGCCGCGGGGCAGGGAGCCGGGCUAGAGGCAAAACCCCCUCCCCAGGUCCUUGCGCACAGGCUGGUGUUUCAGGAUGGACCCGCUCUUCCCUGCCCAUAUUUUGGAAGACCCUGACCUGAGGAAGCUGCUGAACGACUCCUCCAUGCUGAACCUGAGCUUUCUCCCCAGUAACUGGUUCAACAACAGCACGGGGGACAGCUUCCUGCCGCUGAGCAUCAAGAUCACCAUCGUGGUUGUCUACUCCAUUGUGUGCAUCGUGGGGCUGGUGGGCAACUGCUCCGUCAUGUAUGUGAUCGUCAGAUUCACCAAGAUGAAGACAGCAACCAACAUUUACAUCUUUAACCUUGCCCUGGCUGAUACCUUGUGUCUGAUGACCUUACCCUUCCAGGGUACGGACACGUUCCUGGGCUUCUGGCCCUUUGGCAACGUCCUCUGCAAGAUUGCCAUCUCUAUAGACUACUACAACAUGUUCACAAGCACCUUCACUCUGACGAUGAUGAGUGUGGACCGCUACAUUGCUAUCUGCCACCCUAUCAAGGCACUGGACAUCCGCACUCCCCACAAGGCCAAAGUGGUGAAUGUCUGCAUCUGGGCACUGGCUUCUGUCUUCGGCAUCCCAGCAAUGGUGAUGGGAUCUGCAGAGAAUGAGAACAACGAAAUUGAUUGUCUAAUUAAACUUCCUUCACCCGUGGAUUACUGGGAUCCAGUGUUUGGCAUCUGUGUCUUUCUCUUCUCCUUUAUGAUCCCUGUGUUGAUCAUCACCAUUUGCUACAGUCUCAUGAUCAGACGACUCAAGAACGUCCGUGUCCUCUCAGGCUCCAAGGAGAAGGACCGAAACCUGAGGCGCAUCACCCGAAUGGUCCUGGUGGUGGUGGCAGUCUUCAUCAUUUGCUGGACUCCCAUCCAGAUUUUUGUGCUGGUCCAGUGCUUGGGUGCCAAGGCAGAAAGCGAGCUCGAGCUGGCCAUCUCCUGCUUCUGCACCGCGCUGGGGUAUGCCAACAGCAGCUUGAACCCCGUGCUCUAUGCCUUCUUAGAUGAGAACUUCAAAGCGUGCUUCAAGAAGUUCUGCUUCCCCACUGCCUUCAGAACCGAGCUCCAAAUGUCCAACAGGAUGUGCAGCAUCGCCAAGGAUGUGGCCUAUGCCUGCAAGAACUCAGAGGGGACUAACAAUCCGGCCUGACUAGGCAUGGAAAUUCCCAUGGUGGCUGUCGCCCAGCAGAGUCCAACCACCCCCACGUCAGAGCUAACUCAGAUAACGGCUCUUUAGCAGGACCUCAAAACUGAGAGGUGAGAAACCAAGGAAACAAAUCUGGGGGUUGGGAAAACCGGAUACUGCAAGAGCAUGCAGAAAAAGUGAGCCCAUUUGAUGCUUCUUUAAUUCCCGUGCACACUACACUAAGGGAUGCGUUUGAAAUCAGCCCUUUGAUUCCUGUGAACCCCUGGUGGUUUGCAACACUAUUGAGGAAUUAAGGGUUUAAAACGGGCAUUGCUCUUAGCACUUACACUUUUGCUGUUGGGAGACGCAAAAUGCAAACUAUUCUAUUUCUUUUUUCCCUCCCUGAGUUGUUUAAGAUACUAACAGCUCAUGUGGCUCACCAGACACUCAUGUGUGGGUUUUAUUCCUGUGGCAUCACUCUGAAAUUAGACUUUGCUGAAGCCAAAAUGGGCAGCAGCCAUCAGACGAAACCCAAGAUCAUCUCCUGGAUGAGUCAUCACGAAGGGAAGGAUGCAGGGAGGGAGAGGAGGGAGAUGGUGGAAAGGGAAAUUCAAACUGCCCCGUGGCCAGGAGCCUGGAGAGGACAACAUCAGCUCCCGCAGCCGGGGUCUGCGGUAAAACCCUCCGCCUCGAGACGGGAGCAGGGUGAUGAGAAGGGACUGUCAAAACUGAUGAAUGUAGCUCAGAAGAGGAAGAAGAAAAGAUGGAUGAAGGAAUACAAAUCCUUGUCUACAUGCUGCUAUUGUUUUUUUCUAAAACCUGUAUUUCCAUUGUAAUAAUGAACAAAAUGUGUCUGUAUAUACACAUCUCUAUAGUGCUAGAGGUACAGCUAUAGUGUAGGAUUUCAUCUUGCCAAGCAUGCCUUGGGGAUCUCCCUCUGCGAGAGGAGGGAGGAAUGAAGUGGCCUAUGUAUACAUAUAUUUAUGUAUUAGGGAAAGCCAUUUUGCAGAAAUCAGAAUGGCAGCUCCUCCAGAAGACAUGACAUUUCUGGCAGGAGAGGCAGCCUAAAAGUCCCACCUGCUCCACCCGAGAGAAGUGGUGCGCAAACAAUACAAAAGGUGGCCGUGUGUUUGUUUUGUUGUUUGUUUGUUUUCCAAAAUAUGAGAUCUGCAAUACUGAGAGCACUUGGGAAAUGCCGCCAAGGUAGCACCUCUCUUGCCAACCAUAGACUGAUUUUUCCUCUCCUACUAGGCCAGAGCUUUGUGUAAAAUGAAAUGUCCCAUCAUUUCAUUUGAUAAUGAAAGUAUUCCCAAAGAAUUUAGCCACUGAGUUGGACAUUUGCCCUCUGUGCUGGUGGUGACAGCAGACUUGUAUUCUCCCUGUAGCACAACAGCCUGGGGAAAUCUGGGCAGCCGUGUCCAGUGGUGCUGGUGGGGAAGCAAAGCAACGACCUCCGUUUGGAGAUGGAAGGUCAACUCCAAUGUGAGAACCGGCAGCCUUGCCUGGACUGUACAGAUUUCAUGUGAAUAUAUUUCUUGUGCUGUGGUCUAUGAGUCUGUAUUUUUAAUGUUUUGAUUUGCCAAUCUUUUAAUGCUGUCAUGUUCUUUAUAUAUGCUGUAUAAAAGAAUCCUAUGUUAUAUUUCUAUGUAGAGCAUUUCCCUUAUGGUUGGGCUUAAAAAAAAAAAAUGCAAUUCCAGUGUCCCAGAUAUAGGACCCAGAUCCCUUCUAAACUGCUCAAGCUGGGAAGGUUUUCAUGCUGAUUAGCUUUUGCUUGGGAAUCUUGAUGGAUACCAGAGCAAACUUUGCAAUUAGUGCUUCCCCUGAAUAAUGUAAGGGGAGGAGGAAACCUGGGCACUUCAAGCACUUUGCAAUGGCUGUUUAUCCCCAAACCCUCACCAGGAAAUCUCUCACGACCCCCAAGCAUGCUCAGAAGAACUCCAUGAGAACCAUGCUGCUGGCAAGCUGCAACCAUGCCCUUGAAGAAAUGAGUUUGGUGGGCUGUUGUGUUUGUAGAUGUGAUGACAGUGUUGGUCAGUGAGCAACCUCGAGCCUUUGCAGCCCAUCAGCUGUUGUACAGUCUGGCGGGGCCCUGGGUACGGUUGUGUGUGAAGCUGGGGACUGAUGGCCAGGCUUUUCUUGCAGUGCCAUUAGGGAGCAGGGGAAUGUUCGUUAGUAGCUGGCUAAGGAACUGCUGCCCUCCCUUUGUAGUUCUUGGAUGGGUUUUUAAAUAGAUUUAUGUCCUCUGGAAAAAUAUACCUGUGUUUGGCAUUUUUUUUAAUAAGGAUUUUGUUAUAAUGACUAUGCUGCAAUGAUCUUACAUAAUCAAGUACUCAAUACACGUGUGUUUCCUAAGCUUUUGGGUAAUCCCGUGGCCCUUGCAGUGAAUGUGUUUAGGCAUUCUGUUCAAUGCUCAGUGGAGUUUGUUAUAAGAAGAGCAACAAAAACCUGAAAGCAAAAGCUUUAUUGUACUGUGCCUAUGGAAUUAAAGGCUUGUGAUCGGCCAGCCAGCUGAAGCGCGGGCUCUCGAAUUCUCUUCUGAAAUGGUUGUGUUGAUAUGAUUUUACAAUUACUGCAGUGUAAAUGACAGUUUCCUAGGUGGCUACUUGUGCGCUUUAAUAAAGGAAAAUAAACCUCCCCUGUA